AUGUGUUGUGGAAGUAGGGUGUGCAUGUUUUGCACGUGUGUAAUUCUGGUGGUAGUUCUGAUCGGAUUGUUGUUCGGUUUCGGAGUUUUUAAGAAUGGGUUUCACAAGAUUAAGGAUACUGUCGAUUAUUCCUCCUCCGCCGGAGCCACCGCAAAUGGAAGACCUUUCUUCCCUUACUAUGCUCCUCCACCCUUCUAAUUAAUCAAUCAUUAUUGUAUUAAAGAUUCUUUCUUUCUUUCUUUUAAAUUUGGCUUCUUUUUCCCUUUAUUAUGUUUUUUUUUUUUAAUUAUAUAAAUUUGAUUGAAUGUUAUUAUAUUUCUAUUUGUUUCAAUCAAUGCUUUAUUUUGG